GCAGCGAUGGCCCAGUCCUGAGCGCCCCGCCAUGGCCGGCGCCCCCAGCCCGCUGCGCCUGGCGCUCCUGCUGCUCGGGGCGGUGGGCAGGGCUGGCCCCCGCCCCCAGGGCGCCACCGUGUCCCUCUCUGAGACGGUGCAGAAAUGGCGAGAGUACCGUCGCCAGUGCCAGCGCUUCUUGACGGAGGCUCCACCUCCGGCCACAGGCCUCUUCUGCAACCGGACCUUUGAUGACUAUGCUUGCUGGCCAGACGGGCCCCCAGGUUCCUUUGUGAAUGUCAGCUGCCCCUGGUACCUGCCUUGGGCCAGCAGUGUGCCGCAGGGCCACGUGUACCGGUUCUGCACAGCGGAGGGCCUCUGGCUGCACAAGGACAACUCCAGCCAGCCGUGGAGGGACCUGUCGGAGUGCGAGGAGUCCAAGCGAGGGGAGAAAAGCUCCCCGGAGGAGCAGCUCCUGUCCCUUUACGUCAUCUACACGGUGGGCUAUGCGCUCUCCUUCUCGGCCCUGGUCAUCGCCUCCGCCAUCCUCCUCAGCUUCAGACACCUGCACUGCACCCGGAACUACAUCCACCUGAACCUGUUUGCAUCCUUCAUCCUGCGAGCGCUGUCCGUCUUCAUCAAGGACGCGGCCCUCAAGUGGAUGUACAGCACAGCCGCCCAGCAGCACCAGUGGGACGGGCUCCUCUCCUACCAGGACUCUCUGGGCUGCCGCCUGGUGUUCCUACUCAUGCAGUACUGCGUGGCGGCCAACUACUACUGGCUGCUGGUGGAGGGCGUCUACCUGUACACCCUGCUGGCCUUCUCCGUCUUCUCGGAGCAGCGCAUCUUCAGGGUCUACCUGAGCGUAGGCUGGGGUGUUCCCCUGCUGUUUGUCAUCCCCUGGGGCAUCGUCAAGUACCUCUAUGAGGACGAGGGCUGCUGGACCAGGAACUCCAACAUGAACUACUGGCUCAUUAUCCGACUGCCCAUCCUUUUUGCCAUUGGGGUCAACUUCUUCAUCUUUGUCCGGGUCAUCUGCAUCGUGGUGUCCAAACUGAAGGCCAAUCUCAUGUGCAAGACAGACAUCAAAUGCAGACUUGCCAAGUCCACACUGACGCUCAUCCCCCUGCUGGGGACCCACGAGGUCAUCUUUGCCUUCGUGAUGGACGAACAUGCCCGGGGAACCCUGCGCUUCAUCAAGCUGUUCACAGAGCUGUCCUUCACCUCUUUCCAGGGGCUGAUGGUGGCCAUCUUAUACUGCUUUGUCAACAGCGAGGAAGGUCCAGAUGGAGUUUCGGAAGAGCUGGGAGCGCUGGCGGCUCGAGCAUUUGCACAUCCAGAGGGACAGCAGCAUGAAGCCCCUCAAGUGUCCCACCAGCAGCCUGAGCAGCGGGGCCACAGUGGGCAGCAGUGUGUAUGCAGCCACCUGCCAGGCCUCCUGCAGCUGAGACCCCACACCACCCCUCCUGGGGUCCAUGCUGCCCGCUGGAUCAUUACAGGUGGGAGAGACCCUCCCAGGGACAGGGGAAGGGACACAUGCACACAUACCUCCCUGCUUUCCCUCCCCAGACCCAUCAGACGGGCAAAUGGGCAUUGCCUCCUGGGACCAUGGACACAUUUUCUCUGAGGAGAAGCAGCCUGCUAAUUUGAUCAGUGUGGCAGGAGGAGAGGAAAAACAAUUGCUGGCCAGUCGAGGAGGAUUUCUUCCUGUUAAAGCCACAAGGCCCUUGGGGUUCCCCCAGACAGAGCAGCAAAUCAACCCCAGACUCAAACUCAAGGUCAAUGGCUUAUUAGUGGGAUGGGGGCUUGCAAGGGGAGCUGGUUCUGAAAGAUGCCAGUGUAACCUCAGCUGGACACAGAACUCAUGUGAGCCAAGUCUGCUUCGUCCACCUGGGGUCGCCUCCCUCAUCCGCCUCCUCAUUAAGGGAAGCUCUUUGUGCAUCUGGGUCACUUGUUUCCCUUGUCUGUCCCCUCAUCUCACCACCCAGUUUCUCCCUGGCUUUGUUUGGGUCACUGGCAGCAGCUGUUUCUGGAAGUGACUGAGGGGUGUUGAGAAUAAGCACUGAGAAGAUGCCCGAAGACUCUUGUAGCUGGGCCCCCUUCUCCCCUGGGUAUUUGAACUGCUUGAUGCCUGCUUCUGCUGAACCCUGGGAACCAGGGCGGCUUACCCCCAAAGAGCCUUGCCCUGGGGUAUGAGGUCCCCAUUCUGUUCUAAAGAUGUUCAAGGAACCUCUGGGGUUCAACUAGGGACACUUAAGGAAUGUCCCACUGUGAGUGUAAUGACCUGCCAUUGCCGGGAAUCCAGAGGGCUGAGAGAUGUAUUCCCUCACCUCCCCACCACCCCACCUCUCCACGGAAACGCUUUUUAUCUGUGACCAGAUUCUGUAUCUUGACUGGGAGUUUGGGCACACCCUCUAACUUUAGGGAUGUGACCAAGAAGAGACUCUUUUAGGGAAACUAAGGUCCCCAUCGUUACCCUGGAAAGGCAGGCUCCCUCUCUGCCUUUCAAAUUCCCCCAUUUGAGAGCUUGAAUAUACUUUAUGUAUUUUUCUUUAAUGGCUGUGAAUAGACUCCAUGUGCCAGUCCUGAUUUCUCCCACCCAGUGGAAAUGAGAACUACAACCUGGUGGCUGUGAUGAUGUCUGGGGGAGUGGGGUAGUAGUUGAUUUGACUCCCCCACACUUUGAGCUAAUUAAUGUUCACCUGCCUCCAGCCUCAUCCCAUCGGGCUGUGCUGAGAAAGCAGACCCCAGACUAAAAGGGGGAUAGCCAUCCUAGGGAUGUGGGCAAUGGAUAUACGGAAGCAAAGGAAGCUGCCAGAGCAGGAGAGAACUCCUGGGAGUCUGGGUCCCUGCAAGGGCAGAGGGAGACGCUUUGGAUGCAUUCCCUUGUGAACUGAUCUCUUCUUCCUCCUGUUUCAAUGGUGGGGGACCCUCCCCAAAGUUUACACCAGACACAUUCUUCUGUGCCCCUCAGAGAGGCAUGUGACAUGCAGGGGAAAUAAUGGGACAUAAAACACAUCAAGCAGAAAAUUUCUUAUACUUCAGCUUCAGUGGAGUGUUGUGUCUAUGUUAAUAGGGAAGUGGAACCUCAGGCUAAAGAAAGGAGCCUUGCAGACAGACCACGUCCUGGACCCAGACAGCGGGGUAGGGGAGGGCUUUCUGCUACCCCGGAACCAGGGCGGGCUUCUAGUGUGACCCUGACUUGCUUCCUCUCAGGGAGAUGAGCAGCUCUGGUGCAGGUAUUUCAGCUUGGGAUAAAUUGGAUGAUUUUUGAGAAUCAUUAUUACACAGCCACAAAGAAAAAGAUUGAUAAAAUCUGCCUGAAAUACGUUGUUGAGGGAAGAGGUUGUGGGGGAGAAAAGGGUGAGUAGUUAAGGAAGCUCAGACAAUUUAAUUUAAACUGUAAGUGGAGUUCUUUCCCCAGCUGGACCUGGUGAUUCCUGGCUUCAGGAGGCUUAUCACACCCCCACCCCAAGGCUGUUAACGGUGAGGAAGUUUUGGGUUGUUUUUUUUUCCACAAAUGCAUACUAGAUACCAAACUGCAGAAUGUUUUUCCUUGUUCCAAGACCCUGUAGUAUUUCUUAAUAUUCAUUUGAAUGGCACUGCACGCCCUCUGAGCCAUUCCCAAACUUGCCUAUGCUAAAUAUAGCUCCAACAGGUCUGGGAACCAUCGAAUGCAAUGUACUCUGAAAUUCCAUGGGUUGUUUACAUGCCUGCUGCCAUAGUCUAAGUUUGGCACUUGCUGAGAACUCUCCUGCCUGCCUCUGUCCUGGGGGGGACUAUUGCUGACCAGCAGGCGUCCCGCUGGCUUUGAGUGGCUCAGCUGUGAAUGGUGGCCAGCUUCAGCACUCCGGCCAGCUCCCACAAACUUGGGAGGGGCUUAUGUCCGUCAACAACUCUUGGCCAUUUCUGUCUUUGAGCAGCUAAAUGACGAACUGCACAGCCAAUGACACUGCAAAGUUGCCUUCUUUUAAAAAAUGACUCUGGAUUUCAGGCAUGGCUUUGAUGGCCUCAGGCACCUCCCACCGAACACCACAUUCCUGGAACUCUGGAAGACUCAGGACAGGAAAGAUGUCGAGGAGCCCUCCUGGCGGGAUCUCUAGAAGUGAGGAAUGAGGCUUGUGGAGGUGACUUGUCUGAGGCCACAGCACCAGCUGCUUAGCCCAGUGAGGCCUCUGAGAAGAAAGAACUGGUGCCGAAUACAAAUGGCUUUUCAACAUCUACUAAGUAAAAGCAGUGUUAUCUGGAAUUUCUGCCGAGGAGGGAACAGCAGCCAAGGUAGAACAGGUCAGACAGUGACAGUGUCAUCCCCUCUGUGACUCACACUGGUGAGAGGAGGGGAAGGGUGUGCUUAGAGGAUUCUGCGCCUUACCUCAUUCAUCCUUGUCUUUCAAUGAAGGAAUGCAUGGAAACAGCAUGUGAGCUCUUCGAAUAGCAAAUCCAGCACCCUUCAUGUGCUGGCUUUUUUUUUUCCUGAUGCAUCUGUGUUUGUUUGAAAAGUUGUAUUUAUGGUCACACUAAAAAUUAGCCUAAAAGAAGGGCUCGACCCUCCACUUUGCCUCCAUAGUACCCCCCUGAUUUCAGAAAAGACCAGCAAACGGGGCAAUUGUAGCCUAGCAAAGAUGGCACAAUGCCACCAAGGGCAGAGUCAGUUCCCCUCCGUGCCCUGAAAGCUUGGUUGCUGUCAUGAGUGCUGGCCGUGUUUCAGCAGCUCACAGUAGGAGACCUCCCCUCCCUUCUCACCCCCCUGUCUCUUUCUUCCACCAGGAAAGAGCAUUGUGUGUGUGUGUGUGUGUGUGUGUGUGUCCUGUGCACAGCAGCAUGAAGUUAGGAGAUGACGAAUCCAGAAUCAUUGUCCCCACUGUGAAGGUCAGGGGGCUGCAGAGCCAGGGCAGGGAUGGCUGGGAGUCUAAGUGGCAGAUGCUUCCUCUCCAUGCGCAGACAGGGCUCCCAUUAUUGCUAAUGCCUGCGACGUGCUCAGGGAAGGUAAAAUAUAUUCCAAAGGUUUAUUUUCCCUCUGCUGAAUUGAUUCUAAUCUACAGUACUGACCCCGCUUUUGGAUCUUAGGAGGGAAACUAUAAAAAACAUCAUCAAAUAAAAUACGUAGGCUUACUCUGCUAAGACAGUUAUAUGAAUGGCAUGCUUAAAUAUUCAACAGAAGUGAAAUUAGUAACAACUUUAAAAAAAAUUCCUUUUUGUGGCUGGAGUGAAUUCCCUUGGGACAGAAAAUGGCCCGAUGUGGGAAACUUCUGCAGAUAUCACCAUGUCCCUCCAUUGCUAUCUACUAGCCUAAAUCCACUCUCUGCUCCUGAAAGCAAUGUUAAGCAGUACAAUUUCAAACACUUUAUUUAAUGCCACAGUGGGUCUACAGUAUCUGUGAUGGCUUUUGUUCUGUCAAUGGAUACAGACUGACAGGAAGCAGACAAACAUAAUUGUUUUCUAAUAACUUUCCGACUCUCUUGUGCUUGGCCUCUAUCUGAAUUGCUUAGAGGGCAGAGAUCUCUCUCCUCCUCUUUGGCCAUAUUAGCUACUGUUUGGGGGACCUUAUCUAGCAGUGGCUGUGUUUUCCCCCAAUGCAUCCAACCUUGCUCACUGCACUCCUCCCCCACCCUCUGCUGCCUCAGGAAGAGAUGACCCUGCUGGUCAUACUGCCAAUGCCAUUCUCUGAGCCGUGACCAAUUUAAGGGUGCAGCUGAGAGCAAGGCACCGCCAGGGCUCAGAAUUACACGGCACAUUGUACGCUCUGGGACCAGGAGGAGCACUGCAGCCAGUGGCCUGGAUCCUGACUUACACCAAGGAGAUGCAGCUUUCCCCGGGGCCUGUCAAACCAUCAGUAAUUAGUCAACAUGGACAAUCUUGCAUGACUAUUAUUGUGUCAGAGCAAUCCAGGCAAAGAAAACAUGGACAAAUGAGAAUUGUGUGAGAAAAGAGCCCCCACCGUAGAUCAGACCAAAUAACAAUUUCUGAUCUUGGUUUCUUUGCUUGGGAGCCACUGGAGCCGUUGAGGAAAAGGCCCGCUUUGCCUUAGAUGGGGAUUGAACUUGCCCAAAUGGGUCACAUUUUACUUUCAAACCUGCAGGUGUCCUAACUCCCUUCCCGCUAAGAAUCAUCAGCACAUCCUUAAAGCAGAUGCACUUCUAGAUCCCAUUAGUUUGGGAGGGUUGUGACACAGAUCUAUUUUUUAAAUAAAUGCCUAGAGAGAGGUGAGCCAGGCUCUCAUGAGAGACCGAGCUAAAUUUCUAUCUCCCGUGCUUGUGGGGGAUGUUUGUUCUUCAUGAAUGUUUAAACAAGAUCAUUUUCAUGCAAUUUCUUAAUGCAUAAAUUCGUGUAAAAUAUGGCCUGCAUCGGUAGGUAGCGCAUGUGUGUGGUGUAUAAUUUCUUGUAUACAGAGGUGAAUGGAUGCGAGUUCUUUCCUAAUUUGCCUUGUAAGUCAAAUAAAAGCCUGUCACUAUUA